ACAAACAAACAAAAAACUGGACCCAAACUGGAGCAUCGUCAUGUCAGCUGGAUAACACAAUAACUAAGACGCAGAAAUCUCGCGAGAUCGCCGCGGUGGGGUUCAGUCUUAAGUUUUCAGAGGCAUCUGUAGAUGAAUCAUAGCAGCAUCAAGAUGUCCGGACGAUCAGGCCGAGCCGAGACCCGAAGCCGCGCUAAAGACGACAUCAAAAAGGUGCUGGCGGCCAUCGAGAAAGUGCGCAGAUGGGAGAAGAAAUGGGUGACGGUGGGUGACACCUCCUUACGCAUAUUCAAAUGGGUGCCGGUGACAGAAACCAAGCAGAUAUACCGCACCAAAUCGACAAGUGGAGAUGUACGAGGGCUGAAAGAUGUGGUCUUGGAAAACACAAAUUCUUUGCUGGAUUUCACAGAUGAAAACAGCAACCAGAGCUUUAUGUCUGAUGUUUACCAGCCUAAGAUGGAUAACAGCAGCAGCAACUCCAGUUCACAGCAGGUCAGCCCCCCGCAUACUUCCAGCCUCCGUACUGAAGACUCUCAGCCACCAAUGCUGGGCCAGGAGACUGUGGAUGAUACAGUUCAUUCUGGACAUGAAGGCACCGAUGAGCCUCCUACUCUGAUCAAGGAGGUCCUCCUUUCUUCGGGAAGUGCAAGAAGGAGCAUCGCAAACACACAGGAAGAACUGGAUGAAUCAGGAGCACCACCUUUAAAGAAGAUAUGCACAGGAGAAAACUCUGUUCUGAGAUAGUUUAUUUGUGAUAUCAGUUUUUGUCAAACUAUACCUGGCCCCAGUUUGUUCCCAUCUGUAGUUACGCUUUCCGAAGUUAUUCUGAAAUUCACUUGACACAUUUACUCAAAUGUCUCUCAUUAAAGUGGAAAAAUUAGACUGCAAAAUAUUUGCAAAAAUACUUGAGAGAUUUAAGAUGAUGCUAUUUUACUUGAUUUCUAAAGUUAAUGGAGCA